AAAUAUGGCUCCAGCAUGGGAUCCAAGCUUACUGCCAGACCUGACAGGCAAGAUUUUCGUUGUCACAGGAGGCAAUACAGGAAUCGGGUACAUCACCAUCCAGCAUUUGUUGAGCCGAAACGCCAGAGUCUGGCUGGGAGCUAGAGAUGCAACGAAAGCACAGGCAGCAAUCCGCAGCCUUCGAGAAACGAAUCCGAAAGGUGAAGUAGAGCACUUGCUCCUCGAUCACAUGGACUUGGCCAGCGUAGCACGCGCUGCGGAGCAGGUCUUGGAACGUGAGAAGAGCCUGAACGGUAUCAUAAAUAACGCUGGCAUCAUGGCUACACCUUACGCUCUGAGCAAGGACGGAUACGAGGCUCAAUGGCAGACAAACUACAUAUCGCAUUGGCUGCUUACAUACAAGCUACUCCCGCUGCUCCAGGCAACGGCCAAACGACAGGGUGCCGGGAGUGCUCGAGUUGUUUGUGUCACCUCGGUGGGCCAUAAAUUCUACAGGCAGAAGAAAAUCGAUUAUGGGGCAAUAAAUUCUCAAGAUAGUACCCCGUACCAGCGAUAUGGCCUUUCCAAGCUGGGAAACAUCUUGCAUGCAAAGCAGAUCGCGGCAACGUAUGGCCCAUCCUCCGCGCUGGGCGAGACUGGCGGCGAGGUAUGGGCCGCCACCUGCCACCCUGGCAAUUACGACACCCAACUAACCCAGGGAGGUGGUACACUGGUUACAAUAGCUAAACCGCUCCUGAAGCUCUUCGGUAUCAUUGAUACCAACAUGGACAACGGCAGCCAUUCAUCGCUCUUCAUUGGAGCUAGCCAAGAGUUCAAGAGGGAGAUGUGUGGAGAGUACUUUGUGCCUAUUGCAAAGUUAGCGCGUCCAAGCGCUAUCGCACAGGACGCAAACGAAGCUACCCAGCUAUGGUCGUGGACAGAGAAGGAGCUACGAUCUCGCAGCUUAAUCUAG